GGAAUUAACGGAAGUGACGAAAAAAAUUAAUUAUUUGUCGGCGGAGUUCGUCGAGUUUUGUGUAUAGAAAACUACACUUUGAUACUUUACAAACAGAUUAUUGAACAUUUAUUUUAUUUUAUUGACACGCAGCAAAAAAUUAACCUAAAGACGUGAAAGAUAUGUCAUGACACAAAUGAAAAAGUAAAAGAAGUUUCAAACGUGUUUUAUGCGAUCCAUAAAAAGAGAAACAUAUUCUUCACGCUCCUCCAUAUUAGUGAAAUAUCCGGAUUUAAAUUGUUAUUUGUGAAACUAUAACUAGAAAAAAUAAUAAAUGAAACAGGAUUGGCUGAUCGUUCCCGAUGACGUCAUAAAUGAGAUUAUUAUAAAAUUGCGGGGAUAAGCACGUCCGGGUCAUUGAUAAAAGUUCAUUUCUGGUUUGCAGGCGCCAUGAAUUGUUGCUUAUUUUGGUCCGUUUGUUUGGCGUUAUUUAUUUUGGCCGUCGGUAGGCAUCCGCGCAACGAGGAGCCAUGCUUAAGAACAGGUGGCAACUGCAUCUUUAAAAGUAACUGCCCAGUCAUUAUGAGAGCAGAAACAACUGGUCUUUGUCCCGAACAAGAAGAAAGUGGUGUCGUGUGUUGUCACGAAGCUACUCCAUCCGAUUGCCACACAAGAGGAGGAGAAUGUCUUACGAGCGAUCAGUGUCACAGAGCACCUAGAGAAUUGGGAGUCAAAUGUCAAGGUGACAAAGUGUGCUGUGUCCUACUUCACUGAGAAGAGCGGAGAAAUUCCAGCAGAUAUUUAAAUCUAAUUAUAUCGAUCAUCGUCAUCAUUAUUAUUAUGUCUCAUCGUAUUCCUUUCGAAGAACGCGUUGUUUCAUUUUACCUCUAAUGGACGAAGAAUAAUAAAAUAAAAUUUUAAAAAAAAAUGAAAUUUGUGUUACGUGUAAAAACGGCAGUAAACUGCUCUUUGUGUUUUAUAUAUUUAAUAAAAAUAAUUAAUUUAUUUUUUAAACGUCAUUACUUUAUUAUUAUAUUGUAUUCUACUUUU